AUGUUCACUAGAACUAUCACCGUAUUCUUCGUGGCUGUCCUCAGUAUUUCAUGGGGUCAAGCAUGGGUAGUGCAGAUGCGUCAUAAAGAGUAUGAGCCUUUAUAUCCUGCUAUACUCGAAUUCAAACAUGAAAACAUGGAACCACACGAUGAUAUGAGACGUCUACCACCCAGUUACGAGAACUUGGUCUACAGACUCUAUGAUUAUCUGAUUUACCCAAGUGAAAAGUACAUAAAGGUACUCUCAAAUACAACCUUUAUCUUCAAACAGCCCCCUGGCUACGAAUCUGACGAUAUGUACAUGUUCUGGAAUAGCGUACCUGUGAAAGAUUUUCUCAAGAAGCCCAGGACGAGAGAAUGGUUUGUGACAAGCAUUAUUGAGAUUGUACUGAACCGGCUCAUGGAAUCUUGUGAUGAACUAGAGAAGACAAUUAGCCCGCUGAUCACCAAUCAUGAAUCAACGCCUAUGGAUAAUGCUAGUGGAUUGAAUACUGAAGAAAACCAAUUUGACAUGAAGGUAAUCCUGCUAGAAGUAACGUCAGCGAAAUUAGUGUUGCGGGAUCUUCAAAAUCGAAUGAAUUUCUACAAGAAUAAUAUUGACGUAGCUACACAUUUGGAAAAGAAAAUCGGAGGAUUGAGUCUGCAAGGGCUUCUGAGGUACACCGUUAUUGCAAUGACAUCAGUACGUGGCUCUUGGAUUGAUUGGAAAGUCUUGUCACAUUAUUCUUAUGUGGCUAAACCU